AUGUCUAGUACGGAGGAACAUCCUGAUGCAGGAACAACAACACACCCCCUAGAGGCACGAAUUGCUCGUUAUGACCAGCAUCAUGAUCCACGACUUGGAACAACCGUCCACAAAAAUACGAACACAGACGAGCAGUCAAAGCACCUCGAGAAACUGAAUCAAAAGAAACCAGUUAUUGUCGUCCGACGAGUCAUGGACAGCAAGGGCCAACACACAAAGACUGAAAUUGACAUCCGAAGUCAAGAACUUUGCAAAGUGCUCAUGGAGAUACACCGAGGCCUGCAAGGUUUAGAUCUCUUGCGAAGUAUCUGUGACCUGAAGCUGCUUUUUUUUCUCUUACAACGAGCUCGAGGAACGACUGGAAUCAGAAAGGAGGAGCACAAAAACACCUUCGCCGACUUUCAAUCGUUGACAAGAAACGAGUCCAUCACCUUCGAUUUACUUUGGACAUUAUUCCGCUAUGGCACACUGGUCUUCAAUCACCACGAGUUCACUGAGCAGGACCACAUUCUCCGAUUUACGCGCUUUGAGAUCACACUGACAAAUGAAGGAAUUUGUGCAGCAAUCCAUUGUCAUGUGAUUACUCACGACGGCGAGCAUUUUAGAAUUGCUAACCAAAGGCUUCUGAUCCCAUCGUUCGAAGGAGAGCGAAAGAUACAAAGCCUAUCUGUUUUUCCCCUCCUCUAUCAUUCGAAUGGACCCUACAUUCGCGAACUUGCAGCCGAACGAGGUCGGAGAUUUGCAAGCUUGCAACGCCAGACUUACGGUGAGAUUUCCGGGAUGACUGCCUGUGUCGACGACCGUAAGGUUCGAAAGUACAGGGCAUACGGGCGCGUCAUGAUCGAUCCUGGUGCAUUUCGUAUGUUUAAACCUGAGUCUAGUCUCAAUCUCCGGGUUUCUACCCGGUUGAAGCCAAAGGAACUCGAGGAAGAGCAAUAUAUGAUCUGCACUCCUGUUCUCUUAGGCUUUUGCUUCGGAACAAAGCAAUGGGGUGGAUUCGCUCUUGACAAGCUGGUGGAUGUGUCCUGGUCAUUAGAGCCCUUCGAUCGCCUGGUCCUGGACAACAGACACAAGGAAUUGAUUCAUGCAUUGGUGAAGCAGCACGCAUCGCGUACUAGUUCAACCUUUGACGACUUCGUGCGGGGAAAAGGAAAAGGCCUCGUCGGAUUGCUUGCGGGCCCACCUGGAUGUGGGAAGACGCUUACAGCGGAAGCAGCGGCAGAGGUGACAAAGCACCAUGCUCUAGCUCAGAUUCUGGAACUUUCUCAGCGGUGGAAAGCAGUCGUCCUGCUCGACGAGGCAGAUGUUUUUCUGUCACAAAGGAGGGAGACUGAUGUGGAGCGGAAUGCCCUGGUGUCUAUUUUUCUACGGCAACUGGAAUACUAUCAGGGAAUCAUGUUUUUGACGACCAACCUAGUUUCACAGUGUGAUGCUGCAUUCGAGAGUCGAAUCCACUUCACGGUGCACUACCCACCACUGUGUCAUGACUCACGCAAACAGAUCUGGAAGACGUUCAUUGAUAAAACAUCGGAUUCCUGCCAGUCCACAGUCGGAGAGGCCGAAAUUAAUGCCUUGUCCCGGGAGAUACUCAACGGCCGUCAGAUCAAGAACACUGUGGGAACUGCUCUCUCUCUCUCGUUGCAUUCGAAUACACCGCUUUCUGAGACACACAUCCACACGGUGCUUGAUUCUAUGCAGGACUGGAACAAGGCUCGGGAACACCGCAACUCUUAUCUGUCAUCUGAGCACAAAUCAGAUUUGCGGGUCGGCGUCCCGGCUGGCAUGCAAAGUGUGGUGCAUUACAUCUAUUACCCGCACGAAUUGGUCAUCGGGGGCGACCUCACAACAUUCAAGGAUAUUGAACCGAAUAAGGCUCAGGAGAUUUACACCGACUUGUUAGCGAAACGCAUCGAGCGCCUUGUUCAGCGCAGAGGAGGAGAAUUCCAUCCUCCCAUUGGAUGUUAUCUUGAUGAAGACUCCAUCCUUGGCGGUUGGAUUGAUUCUCACGCCCGCGCAGAUAUUUUACAAGAUCAUGGUGUUGGCCAUUUAGAUCCUUACAUGCCAAUGGAAAGCUUCAAUCCCGAUGAUGAUUGUGACUUGGAACCAUUCAUCUAUUGAUUAUACCGGCACUAGGAAUGGAGAAUCAGCCUGAGAGAGGGCACUUAUGCAAUCGGAAAGAUACAUGGAAUUCUUCCCCAAUCCUAC